CAUUUAUCUAAUCUUAAAAAUUAACUGUGAUCUAAAAUAGCAAAAAGACAUAUUCUUAUUGUUUAAAAUAAACAUUCUACAUAUUCAUAUUAUAUUUUUAUCCGAUACGUACGAGAAAAUAAAUUUUCUAUUAGUAGCUAAGACAGAAAUUUCCAUUACAGUUAUUAUUAGUAAAUCAUUUCGGUCUAUAAAAUAUCAACAAAUAUUUUUGUUCUUACCAUUGCUAUGAUUUGAGUAUACAAAUCGAUCAUCGACACAAUCGAUUUUAUCAUUGGCUUUAUUUUGUUUCCAUUUAAAUAACGAUGACAUAACAGUAACUUCGAAGUUUGCCUCUCCAAAUUGUAUGUCACUGAAGUCAUAAAACGGAAUGUAGAGAUUCGUGUUCGCAGCUGCACUUUUAUUGUUUUAUAUUGUUAUACUUUAUAUAUUACGAAUCUUUUGAGAAUCUCAAUUUAUUGACUAUAAACACGUCUUUCUAUCUUAUUCAUAAAAAGGGAAAUAGUUUUUGAUUGUUAUUAUUAUAUGUAAUAAUAUUAAGUACAAAAUGGAAGUAGUGGAGAUACAGAAUACAAAGAAGCAGUUUCAACUGCCGUGCCAGAAACCAGCAGAAUGCCCCUGUGACAUUAAAGUAACGAACCCACUAAUUUUUCUAUUAUAAUUUCCGACUGAUAAACUGGGUGAUUUAAUAUCGUGCAUAUCUAGUGCACAAGGAAAUACGUGCAACCGUCUCGAGCAAAGUCAUUCGCUCCGGUGAGAACGUAUAAGCCUCCUUCGAAAUUAUUCGAAAAUAAUACCACAUAUCACUUAUCAUAUUUAAACGUGGAUCAUGCGGAAAUGCGACGCAGCCGAUCUCAACCUAUCCGACCCAAACCUGCUCUUACUAAAUCCGAUGCUCGAUUUCUCGGUGAAACGACUAAUCAAUUGAGUUACAAACACAUUGGGAGUAUUCCUAAAACAAAACCAAUCAUACCCAGGCAAAGGCCGAUGAUCGGAUCUGGUCGAAUGGAGUCUGUUACCACAAUUCGUCAGGAUUACCCGCGUAAAUACGUGGACAAACCAGAAAUUAUAAUACCUUGUGGGAACAUUCGUUUAAGUUCCGGCAAGCUGGAUGCUAGUACCACAGCGAAACUUUCUUAUGCGGACCCAGGCUGUACGGAACCGACAUUGAACUUCAAACCCAUAGCGAUUUACUAUCCACCUAGCGAACCGAUUCUUACUGAUACUACACAGAAGUUAAGUUAUCAACCUGUUCACAUUCCAGAAAGAGAUACGUACUCCUGGCAGCAGAAACCAAUCUACCAAGCUCCAGAUGUUGCUAUGUGCGGAAAGACAACGUACACUGAAAGUUUCUUAAAGAACGAAGAGCCAUGCAUGGAGAAACCUGUACGGCCGACUGCUGCCAAUGUCUUUCCUAUCGGUGGUGAAUUUCACUCGGAUACUAUUUAUAAACAAAGCUAUUUGCAAUCGGCUAUCGUUGAACGAGUGGAACCUGUUAUUCCUUGCAAUGCUAUCUCGAAACCUGAUGGCAAAAUUUCAACAGAUACAACAAGCAAAUUGAGUUACCUACCGGUCCAAAGCGAAAGACGUUUGCCGAUAUUACCUCGAAGCAGAAACAUGAUAGGCGAUGGUCUAAUGCAAUCCGAAACUACCAACCGUUGCGAUUUUGUGGAAAAAAUUACGUUACGACCGGAUCUCAUUAUUCCAUGUGAUAAUCUUCGAAGCCCAGAUACACCUAUUGACGACAGAACUACAACGAAACUAUCUUACGCGAAACCUGGGCCAGUAGAAUGGGUUAAAAGCUUUAAACCUGUCGUUCAGUAUCAGAGAUCUGAAAAAAUUGAAUAUGACACUAUAAACAAACUAUCGUAUCAGUCUUGGACUCCACUUCCCAAGGAACAUAUACCAUGGGCAUCUAAAGAAAAAUAUCAACCACCUUUAGACCCUAUGUGUGCUGAUACUAUUUACCAAGUCAGUUAUCCCGCACCCGGAUAUUACGAAGAUACUUGUAUGCCAGUUGAUUGCGAAUGUUUGGAUUUCAAAUACGAUAAUCUCCCGGCACAAAUAUGUGAAACUGUGACGUGUGAAUGAAAUACGAACAAAAAUAAUUGUAAUCUGAGUAACAAAACUUCUGUAUAACUUCUCUAUUUUCCUAUAUAUAAAUUUCUAUCGUAUAUUAUAAUAAAUAUUUAGAGGAAAAAAUAUUGAAUUGUUUAAAACUUGAAUAAAAACAAUUUAAAAAUCGAAUUAAAAGCUAUUUUAUUCGGUAUGUCGAUUCGGUAUGCGAACACAUCUUAUAUUUUACGCUUAUAUAAUAAUAAUUAUUAUUAUUAUAUAUAGAGGAAUAAAGAUAAUAAUAACGUAUAUCUUUUACAAACAGUAAAAUUGUUCUCAAUAAUAAAAUAAACUCUAAUCUUUGAUAAAAGAUAAUAGACAAUAGAUUUAAUAAUAAACAGUAUUAACGCACUAGUCUUUCAAAAUUUAGUUUAUCUUUACAUACAUCCAUACAUACACGUGUACGUAUGUACACGCAUGUACACCAUUAGGUACAUGCAUGCACUCAUACAUACAUAGAUACGUACGUACAUGGAUUCAUACGUACAUAUAUAUAUAUAAUAUUAUAUAAUAUUUAUAUUAUAUAUAGUAAAUAUAAUUAGGAUAACGGCGACUUCAAUCCUAUUCAAAAAUUUAGCGUAUAUCGAUGUUGUAUAUACGCGCAACAAUUCAUAGUUUUUAAUAAAGUACAUAAACUAUAGGGGAGGGAACGAUUAUUAGAAAACGAAUAUGUAAUUAUCUAUUUUAACCGAUAAUAGAAACUUCCUACGCUUAGAGAUCUAAAAGGUUCACCGAAAAGUUUAAGUUACUUCGGCAACAAUUGAAAAAUAUAAAUUCGUCGCAUGUCGUACAUCGCACUAAAAAUAUCACGCACCAAACGGAAAUAUUCAAUUUUAAUUUCUCCAAAAAUUUUUGGAAGUUAAAUUUCAAUAUAAAAGAGAUUUAAAUGAUAAGAAACAUAAUAUUUCUUCGUUAGUUAAGUUAAACGGCGAUUCGAAGACAAAAUUUUUUGCUAAAAAUACAUGCAACUUGUCUAUAAGAGUUUUCAAAAAAUAUAACGAGCAUUAAUUCGAAGAUUAUAAGGCACAUAUUUAGGUCACGCUGAUUACAUGUUACACAUACUUCAUAUUAGCGUUGCACAAACCCCGUUUCUUAUUCCGGCACGCUGGCCCAUUAGUAAAUUAAAAUUCUUCUUUUUUUUUUUAUUUCAUUAUUUA